UCUAAAUAUAUCUAUAAAUGUGUGUAAAAUUGAGUGUGAAAAGGGAGAGAGUUUUAAGGCCAAAUUUACAGGCACAUACAUUGAAUGGGUAACACGUCAUACACACUGAGCCAAAGGUCAUAUUCAACAAUUUGCCAUAAUAUGAUAGAUGUUUGUAGUGUGUAUCCUCUGACACAGCUAAGGAUAGGAUUAGGGACACUUGAGAUAAUUAAGCCUACAUAUGUAUAAUUAGUGAAGCAUUAUAUACCCUGUAACCUUCAAUAUUACCUACCAAGAGGACAGGACGAGAUUUUAACAACCCUUACAAUCUUAUUGUCAACAGACAGAUGACGUGACCAGUGCCUUAUGCAUUACAUGAGUCCUGUGUGGAGGACCUCGCUGACUGGCCAUGGAGAACAUUAUAAAGCAGGGCUACCUGAAGAAGGCCAAGCCCAUAGCAGCAGACAGCCCACGCUCCAGCCUUUGCUCAAGUCUCCUUCAGCUUUUUGAAUCCAGUCGAUGGUACAUGUUCGUCGUUAGAAAUGGUCAACCAUUCCUGGAAAUCUUCGAAAAGGAGCAGAAUGCUUUCUCAGGGCAACCCAUAACAUCAUAUGAACUAAGCUCAUGCUAUAAAAUCACCUAUACACUUGGCAGGACAAGUAAGGCAUGGACCUUCUGUUUAUUUCUGGAAGAACGGGUCCUGGAAGUAACUGCAGAAUCGAGAGAACAGAUGUUGGACUGGUGCAGAAAUUUGGAAAGGACUUUGGUGCAUUAUGGGAAAAUUAAACAGAGCACGGACCAUGUGUAUGUAGAAUACCCAGUACGCUAUACACCAAAAAAGACCGGCCUAGAGCAGGAAGCCGCAUUUCGAGCAAGUGCGUCAGCCUCAGCCUCAGCUCCAGUCCCAGAUCCGCAUCACUGUCAAAAUCAUACAGGAAUACCAGACCCUACAGACGAGGACUAUCAAGACUUCCUAGAUUUAAUCGACCACAUUGAUGAUGAUGAUGAAGAUGAAGGGGAGAGGCAUAUUGAAGAAACUAAUUUGAAGACAGUUCUAUCUAGAGAUGUCGAUGGUCCUCAAAACCCUGAAGUUCCAACUAAACCAAAAGAUUAUAUUCAAAGUGCCCAAGGAGCAGAAGGUGGUAGCUCAGUUACAAAUGAUAAGGACAGUGAUAAUGAAAAUGACACGUCCGAAGACGAUUUUGUCACCAAGGACUUCUGGUUGUCCAAUAAACUGCCUUCUGUACCUCGAAGGUCAGAUUCCCACCAAUUCCACGCUUCUGCGAGACCAUUCUCAGAAUUUGGUAUGGACCGUGUACAUUCCAUGUCAACAUCUGUUCCACCAUUACCAGCAAGGGGUACAUCUCUUAUAGAAAAAGGACCCACAUUUAUUAGCAGUGCGCCUCUCAUUGUUGAUUCUGAUUUGAGACCGCCACCCCGAAGAAAACGUGGAAAUGCCAAUUUACUAGUAAAAGGAUUUCAGAAAAGUGCAUCAAAGUCGAUCAGUGAAGACAAUGUUUCUGUGCGAUCUCCUCUUGUCACAUCUAAUGCAGAUGACAUAGAGGAUUUGGACGAUGGGUAUGACAAUGUCGUUGAACUUCGAAAGUCAAAUUCAGAUAGUGCAGCCACUGACCCCUGGGUACGAAGUCUGGAAAAUAGCGAUGAAAACAGUAGGAAGUCGACACUAAAGGCAUAUGAUGACGUUCAGUUGUUUGUUCGUUUACCAGAGAGAUCAGAUAACAGUGAAGACUUAUACAGCCUAAGUACACCUACUCCAGAAGAUGGUUUUAACUACGAUUUUACACAAAAGCUUGGCACACAUACUUCUUCCAGUGAUGAGGAUGGUGUCCAUGCAGGGAACAACCUGGAUUUGGAUUCUGCUGCAACUGGUGUCAAACAGAUGACAUUAGGGACGAAAGAUGAAAAUUAUAAUUUAUGUGAUAAAAAAGCUCAUGGGCAAACUGCUUCCCCAGAUGAACUAAUUGCUUCAAAUCUUUAUGACUUUGGCAAAAGUUAUUUAGUCAAAGAACCUAUCAAUGUAAGAGCCGAAAACAUCUAUGACUUUGCCCGAUCAGAGGGCACACUUGUCCACACACAAAUUCCCGCCUCUUCACAGCCUAGUCUUCCGCAACGGUCUAACACGGUUGUCCAUCCACCAACGUUUGCUACUUGUAGUCGAACUGAGUUUAGCGAGUUUGAUUCUUUAUAUUCCAUUCCAAAGUCAGCCAAGCCUGUGGCUGGCCUUUCCACUGAGGAAGUACUGCGCCCUAGUCGACCACCAAGGCGAGUAACUCCGGAGCCUGCACCAUCUUUGUAUUCAGUUCCACAGAAACGAACAUCAAAAUCUCAGAGUAGUGCGUCCAUGGCUGAUGUUGAACCUCCGGUAUCCUUGUACUCUGUACCUCAGAAAAAAGCUUCAAAAUCUCACAGUAGUUCUUCAAUGGAAGAAUCGUGUGAAAUUUCCAAGUCUUCUACAACACCUAAGACAAAAUCAAUGGAUUCCUUCCUAGCUCCCAAACCACCAUCAUUGGAUACUUUACCGAGCCAAAAACCUCCUUCUUUAGAAAAAUUAACCUGUCCUAUACCGCCGCCUGUAGAAUCUCUCCCUUUUCAGAAACAAAGUUCUGUGACUUCACCUGCCCGGCGCAGUCCUAUAUCUAUGCGACCUUUGCCUUUGUUGCCUACACAUCCUGAUGGCACUAGUGAUAUGCAAAACUUGAUCUCAACACUAAAGGGGGAGAGAGGGACAUCUCCAUCGCAUGAUGGAUUCACUUUUAAUUUUGUGCCAGAUGCAGAAACCAAUUCAAAAAGCAGCACUGCUUCUUCAUCGGGAUCUGGUGCAUCUAAAGAGGAGGAUGCUGACCCAGUGUAUGAGGAUGCGACUGGCAGAAACUCCAACCCUCCACUGCCACCAAAGAGAACUUUACGAAGGAAUACAAACCGUUCUGUAAGUGUUUACAUCCCAGGCAAAGCAGGUGGCAUGCAAACUACAAGGCUAGACCCUACGCCGACAAGGACAGAGUCUUUGGAUGAUCAGGCUGUGUCUCGUCAUAAAGUGGGAAGACAAAUGUCUCUGACGGAGCGGCAGCAGAUCCGGCAGUCCUCAGCGGCCAUUGUGGUUGUCCCGUUGAAGCAGAGCCAAGUUGACUUGUUAAACGAAGAGCAAAAAUUACAUGGAGUUGGAAUUGAUAUAAGUCCUAAAUCAGCCCAUGCAAUUGCACUCAUUGAAAUGCUAAAUGGAGUGUGGAUAGCGGGCUGGGAUGGACGUCGUUUCCCUCGUCUUGCCGAAAAGAUCCACAUAGGAGACCAGUUGUUAUCUGUGGAGGAUGUCCGAGUAACCAGUUCAAUUCAGGCGUCCAAACUUCUAAAACAGACACAAUCGCAACGAGUUACUUUUGUUAUCAAGCGCCUCCCAUAUGCUUCCAUUCUAGCUAUCCGCAGAAACCAUGAUGGGGAAAAUCUCGGUAUAACUCGUGACGGGGGCACAGCUGAGAUCACGUACAUGGAUCCGAAUGGAUUGGUGGGAAGGUCUGGUCUUCAGAAGCGGGCCAAGACAGUUGAUGGAGUCGGGGAUUGUAACUGGAUGCUGACUGAGAUCAACAGUCGAUCACUCAACUUCUCAUUCAAAGGCGAGGAGAUUGAGCGGUUGCUGAAUGCUGUUGGUAGGGAUAUCUCUAUUGUGGUACAGCCAGUGGACUUUGUCAAACAAAUGAAAAAACAACUAAAGAAACUAAAGAACUACAAAGAUUAUUUGUACUGAUCCUUUAAACUUCUGACUACAAGUCAAGAUACAGCUGAAGAACCUGUGGAAAACGGCACAAAACAUCAGAAAUGUUUGAAUUGUCACAAACUAAGGAAAUUUUACAAGGUAUUCAAUCAGACAUGCAUUCUUGUAACCAAAACACUACUGAAGUAUUUACUGUAAUUUCUCAAGUGUUCAAGCUACAGAAAGGCUUUCGUAAGAAAGUGAAAAAGCCUGCAGAAUCAAAAAGAUUAUUUGUUCUUGCACUGAAAUCUCUAAGUUAUUAUGAGUUAAAUGUUGCUAGAGUGAGAGACCUCAUUUGGUACAUGUUGUGUAAGAAGGCAAGGAAUUCUUCGAAAAAUCUAUUUAACAUACAUGUAGGUGGUGUGCCAUCUAUAUAUAAAUUUUGUUAUAAUUAAAGUGUUAAAUUUUUGAAAAGAUUUUAAAAAUGUCUGUCCAUGCUUCUUGAUAAAUGGUAUUAUACAUUAUGAUGAUCUGAAUAUAGUUUUUAAGUGGCUGAAUGAAUUAGAAAAAGCAAUUAAAUUAAACGAAGUAUUAAAGCCUGAAAUUAAGAAAUAACACCAAAAAUAAAUGGCAUAUCAUCAUUACAACUACAAAAUAUACAGAAAUUUUAGGAAAGUAAGAAGAAGAAGAAGAAAAUAGAUAAAUAAAUAAUCAAGGCAGUUCUUAAUGAUAACUGUAUCAGUGUGUGUUAAUUCCUUUAUUCGGUUUGUACCAGUUGUACUAAAUAGGUACUGUAUCAUUUAAUGGAACGCAAUUGAAUAUCAACAGUUCCCAAAAUGGCAGCUGUCAUAAAAAACGAUUACCGAUAUUUUCCUGUUUUUACAACGGAAAUGAUGUAAAAUCAGUAACUGAAUAGUUCCAUCAAUCAUAGACUUAUAUGAUUUAUAAAAUCUCAUCACAAAAAGAGAGUCCUCAUCUUGUUUUUAACAAAAAGUACUUUUGGAUGACAAAUGAAGAAUCACAGUUCCACCCAAGAUAUCUUGGAUCCAAGUGGUAUGUUUAAAAAAAAGGUUCCAUGAAAACCGUUUCAAUUCUUUUGGUACAGAGCGUUUGGAUCCAUCAAGAGUACAGCGCGUUCUAUUACGAGUACAGUGCGUUCCAUUACGAGUACAGCGCGUUCCAUUACGAGUACAGCGCGUUCCAUUACGAGUACAGCGUGUUCCAUUACGAGUACAGCACGUUCCAUUUAGAGUACAGCGCAUUCCAUUAAGAGUACAGCGUGUUCCAUUAAGAGUACAGCGUGUUCCAUUACGAGUACAGCGCGUUCCAUUACUAGUACAGCGCAUUCCAUUACGAGCACAGCGCGUUCCAUUACAAGUACAGCGCGUUCCAUUACGAGUACAGCGCGUUCCAUUACGAGUACAGCGCAUUCCAUUAAGAGUACAGCGUGUUCCAUUACGAGUACAGCGCGUUCCAUUACUAGUACAGCGCGUUCCAUUACGAGUACAGCGUGUUCCAUUACGAGUACAACGCGUUCCAUUACGAGUACAGCGCGUUCCAUUACAAGUACAGCACGUUCCAUUAUGAGCACAGCGUGUUCCAUUACAAGUACAGCACGUUCCAUUACGAGUACAGCGCGUUCCAUUACGAGUACAGCGUGUUCCAUAACGAGUACAACGCGUUCCAUUACGAGUACAGCGCGUUCCAUUACGAGUACAGCACGUUCCAUUACGAGUACAGCACAUUCCAUUACGAGUACAGCACGUUCCAUUACAAGCACAGCGUGUUCCAUUACAAGUACAGCGCAUUCCAUUACGAGUACAACGCGUUCCAUUACGAGUACAGCAUGUUCCAUUACAAGCACAGCGUGUUCCAUUACAAGUACAGCGCAUUCCAUUACGAGUACAACGCGUUCCAUUACGAGUACAGCGUGUUCCAUUACGAGUACAGCACAUUCCAUAACGAGUACAACACGUUCCAUUAUGAGUACAUAAGAUUAGUACCAGUACAAGUGGUAAGAACACAAUAAAGGAACAUACAGUGAGAAAUUGUUUUGGCAACUUACUCAAGUGACUAGUACAGAUUGUAUGUUGUAUUUAUAACUACUGUAGGAAUAUCCACAGUGUAAAAUUAAGUUCCAUCAUGUGACCCUGUGUAUGCCUUUUAAAUUUUCACAGGUCACAAUUUCCUGUUUAAGAACUCAACAAUUACUGUCACAAAAACUUAAUUACAAAACACAGUGGUACCUUAACCUAAAACUAGAGGCUAAAGUUUUGUUUAUGAAAAAUAUCACAGGGAAUAUUGUCUCAAAUCAGUGAUAGACAGAAUCUAAUAUACAAUUGUACCUAAAUAUUUCAUUUAGAACAUCUUCAGAUGUAUAUAUACAUUGUAUAUAUAUACAUUUAUAUAUAUAUCUGAAUAUCUGUAUAAAAUAGUGUCUGAUCUUAUCUAUAUGAUUAAACGUAUAAUUAUACAUACAUUAUUGUAUUUGUUAAUUGGUAAUAUAUAUAGCUGUUGAUAAUAAAUUAUUAAAUCUCAUACAUAUAUUGAUGUGAGUGAAGUCUACAAUUUCAUAUAUGAUAAAUAGAAUCUUUUACUGUUGAUCAUUGUCGAAAAAAUACUAUGAUGUUCUGCUUCUAGUUGUUUGACUUAAAUGUCAGAACAGAUGGAGUCUUGAGGAUUUCUUAUGAUGACUGUUGAUUUGAAGAUAGCUUUAUUAGUUGAUAUGAUAAUCAACUUGAUAUAAUCCUUGUGAAAUGUAAACUGAUCCCAAUAAUGAACUUCAUGUUGAAAGUUCUGUAGGAUAUGGGUUACCAUAACCUCACGAUAUCUAAGGUAUGUGAAAACUCAAUAACUUCUCAAUUUUAGCUGUAAGGCAUAAAGAUGUAAUGUGAUAAGUUAAGAAUGGUGUAAUAGCAGAAUCAUUAGAAGAUAAGUUCAGAGAUGGUGUUAUAGCAGAAUUUCACAUGUUAAAAGAUAAGUUAGAGAUGGUGUUAUAGCAGAAUUUCACAUGUUAAAAGAUAAGUUAGAGAUGGUGUUAUAGCAGAAUUUCACAUGUUAAAAGAUAAGUUAAGAGAUGGUUUUUAAUAGCAAGAUGUGUUAGUUAGGGUUCUUGCUGAAGUAUCAAGCUUUAAAUGUAGUUUGCUGUAGAUUUCAUUUAGAAAUAUAUUUUUUAUGAAUUUCUGAUAAAGGAAGGCAGUAUUAUUGAUUUUUUAGAACAUUUUCCCCCUUACAUUUAUGUUAUAUAUAUGUAGUGUGAACAAAACAAGUAUCGAGAUCUAUAUACGGCUCAAUUUCAUAACAGCAGUUUCUGUUGCGAAAAUUUUACCUGUAGCCCUCUACAUGACAAUAGCUGUAUGAAUUAUCAUAUUGACAUUUUUAAGUGCCUUGUGCAUUUGAAAAUUGAAGUGUUAGGGGGUAAGGCACUUAAAAACAUUCACUGGAAUCUUAAUUCAUUUUUUUCAUUUUUUUUUUUCCUGAAAAAUUCUUACCUCCAAGUUGGCAGGUUUGCCUGACCUUGAUGAAACCAAACAUUCCAAAUUAAUAUUUUUAGAUACUUUUAUUUCACCUUAUUUCCAUGUGCUCCAAUUUUGAUAUAUCAGAGUUACCUCCCUUCGUUUCACUUUGUCAGUACAGAUGAUAUAGCUAUAGCUUGACGACUGAUGGGGGGCCGAGAAAGUGGGUUCCUUCCUGAGCCAUUUUCACCAAAUUACACAUUUAACCAUUUUAUACAACAUGUAGGUUAACAUUACACAGGAAAUAAUAUCUGACCUUAGUUCAAUGAGUAUAAUCAUAGGUUUAAAUAGUUUAAUCUUUCAAUUAUAGGAGUUGAUAAGGUCAGUUAGAUACCAAAGAAAUGCAUGGCAUUAUGAUGUCUAAUUAAUUAUUUUAUCUCUACUAUGACAUCCUGUCUUCAAGUCUGUCCUAUGACUCCCUUCCUGGAAGUCUGUCCUACGAAGCCCUUAAUUCAAGUCUGUACUAUGACUCCCUUCCUUCAAGUCUGUCCUAUGACUCCCUUCCUUCAAGUCUGUACUAUGACUCCCUUCCUUCAAGUCAGUACUAUGAUGCCCUUCCUUCAAGUCUGUACUAUAAUGCCCUUCCUUCAAGUCUGUCCUAUGACUCCCUUCCUUCAAGUCUGUACUAUAAUGCCCUUCCUUCAAGUCUGUACUAUGAUGCCCUUCCUUCAAGUCUGUACUAUGAUGCCCUUCCUUCAAGUCUGUACUAUAAUGCCCUUCCUUCAAGUCUGUACUAUAAUGCCCUUCCUUCAAGUCUGUACUAUAAUGCCCUUCCUUCAAGUCUGUCCUAUGACUCCCUUCCUUCAAGUCUGUACUAUGAUGCCCUUCCUUCAAGUCUGUCCUAUGACUCCCUUCCUUCAAGUCUGUCCUAUGACUCCCUUCCUUCAAGUCUGUACUAUAAUGCCCUUCCUUCAAGUCUGUCCUAUGACUCCCUUCCUUCAAGUCUGUACUAUGAUGCCCUUCCUUCAAGUCUGUCCUAUGACUCCUUUCCUUCAAGUCUGUACUAUGAUGCCCUUCCUUCAAGUCUGUACUAUGAUGCCCUUCCUUCAAGUCUGUACUAUGAUGCCCUUCCUUCAAGUCUGUCCUAUGACUCCCUUCCUUCAAGUCUGUACUAUGAUGCCCUUCCUUCAAGUCUGUCCUAUGACUCCCUUCCUUCAAGUCUGUACUAUAAUGCCCUUCCUUCAAGUCUGUACUAUAAUGCCCUUCCUUCAAGUUAGUACUAUGAUGCCCUUCCUUCAAGUCUGUACUAUGAUGCCCUUCCUUCAAGUCUGUAUUAUGAUGCCCUUUUCUUAGUCUGUAAUUAUAAGAUGGCGCCCUUUCUCUAAAUUAGUCUGUAAGAUGGCGCCCUUUCUCUAAAUUAGUCUGUAAGAUGACACCCUUUCUCUAAAUUAGUCUGUAAGAUGGCGCCCUUUCUCUAAAUUAGUCUGUAAGAUGGCGCCCUUUCUCUAAAUUAGUCUGUAAGAUGACGUCCUUUCUCUAAAUUAGUCUGUAAGAUGACGUCCUUUCUCUAAAUUAGUCUGUAAGAUGACGCCCUUUCUCUAAAUUAGUCUGUAAGAUGAUGCCCUUUCUCUAAAUUAGUCUGUACGAUGACGCCCUUUCUCUAAAUUAGUCUGUACGAUGACACUGUUUCUCUAAAUUGGCAAAAAUACUGCUAUUGCUUAAACUUGCUAUACUGACAAAGCGAGACAGGUGAGACAUUUACAGUACAAUGUAAAGCUAAUGAAGCUUAAUACAGAAUCUGAUAUCAUCCCUCCUGUCCAAAAAAACUGUCCAUUCUAAAAGCAUAAUUAUGUUGUAGAAACAACAUUACUUUAAAUUGUGAUUAUUUAUUAUUUAGAUUUUUAUUCAGAUUUUAACAUGACCAAGAUUAUCAUAAUAAUCAAUGUUGUUAGUAUUUAGAUCUGUAAGUUCUUUGUUGCUAUGCUGAUCAUAUUCCUUUGUUUAUGUCAUAAUAUAGAUUAAAAUUGUACAUAUAGAGUUAAUGUUGAAUAUUCAUGCUUUUAAUAUCAACAUCUAUCUGUUAGUCUCUAAUUAACAUUUUAAUGGGGCACUCAGGUUAUGUGUUAAAUACAUUCCCUAUUGUAUCCAUAUUUUCUAGUCAAGCCAGUUUCUUGUUCAAUCUAUAGGGUCAGAUGUUUCUAAAACAACAACCUGCCAGGGCCCAGUUGUUCAAAAGGUGAUUAGCUUAAUCACUUGAUUAGUGAAAAAUUCAUUUCUCAUUUGUUGCAAAACCUGUGAGUAUAUCAUCUUUAAAUUAUGCCAGUUGGAAGAGAAUUAAGAAUUACAGAAUUUCAUAAAGUUUUGUCAAGUUAGUUCUACCAGAAAUUAUUAUAUCAGGAUUUGAAAAACGUUGUUAAAAUGUGAUUAGCCUAAUCACCUUUCGAACAACUGGGCCCUGAAUGUUAACCCUUGAUAAAACACAAAGAUGGAUAAAUCUCUGCUUUUAUAUCCAAACUGUAGAUUUUAAUCUUUUAGAAAAUUUUGGAAUAUUAUUGCUUCUAUUGUCAAUAUACAUAUACAUAGAACCUACGUAAAAAAAAUGGGAUGCAAUUUUAAAUAUUGACAAUCAAGCAGUGUUUAAUUGGCAUUCUGUUUAAAGGAAUGCUGUGACUUUUUAUUAGGAAUGUGUACAUAAUUGAUUCCAUAAUUAUUCCAUUUAAAUCUGAAUUGCAGAGAAAAAAAUGUAAUGAAUUUUUGCUUAAAUUUGUCUUAAAAGUAUCGUUUAGUGUAUCAACAUACAAAAAAAAAAAAAAAAAAAAGGAAGUAAAUGCUUGCUUGGUUAAUUGAUUCAUGGUUAUUUAAACAGUAAACUCUUUUCAUUUGGCAUUUAUAAGGAAAAUGAGGAAUAUGGAAACUUUGGUGUCUUUCACUGGUUUGGAACCACCAUACAGUGAGUGAAAGUAUGGAGAGGGCUUAGUGGUAACUUAUAAACUUACUGUUUAUAACACUACAUUAUAAGGGCAUCAGUUUGGAAUGAUAAUAUAAUGUAAAUCCUUUUAAUACAAAUUUGAUAACAAAAUGUUUUUCAUCCAUGAAAUUUUAACAAUGAAUUAAGAUAUCUCUACAUAUGUACAUUGUAUUCAUAUAUUACUAAAGGGCAAUAACUUUCACAACUCCUUGAAUGCCAGAUGAAUUAAGUAGGGAUAUAUAGUGUCAUGAUACUGUUAAUAUAAAAAAAUAGGUGACACAUUUUGGAUACAUGUAUUGCUUGCAGUAUUUUAAGAAUGACUUUUUCUAUAUGAAUACCAUAUUUAAUUUGAUUAUUGGAGGAAGAUUAUGGCCUUAAAGCUUGCAGUAUUGUCGCUUUGUAGGACAGAAUUCGUGUCAGACUGUCAACGCAGAAUGAAUGAAGACAAAAUACAUGUACAUGUUAAAUACUAAAAAUACUGUACAUAAUCUGUUUAUCAAAUUUUCAAUAAUUCAGAAAUAUCACUUUGCUCUAAGUACGCAUGUUAUUUCCCUCCUGGAAAAAUUCUGAUUCUGUCCAUGAGGACAAAAAUGUGUGAUAGACACUAAAACAGGUCUCAUAAAAAAUACUUGAAAAGUGAAAGUUAAAAUACUGAAAAAAGCUACAAGUGUAAAAGCAAUUUACAAAGAACCUUAAGUUAAAUUAAAGGUGAAAGUAAAAAAAAAGAAAAAUAACACAUUUUUCAAAAACAAUUUUUGAAUAAAAUUAAACAUAAUACACGUACAUGUUAAAUACUAAAAACACUGUACAUAAUCUGUUUAUCAAAUUUUCAAUAAUUCAGAAAUAUCACUUUGCUCUAAGUACACAUGUUACUUCCCUCCUGGAAAAAUUCUGAUGAUAGCAAGAAUAUGUUCUCUGGUAGAUGGUUAAUACGCAUACAUUCUAUCUACGUGUAUAGAGCUGUGUAUAGGUUGUUGUCUUGCUGGUGUCCAAAAAUUAAUCCUGUGUGAAAAAUUUUAAUUAUAGUGAUGAUGCUCAUUGAAGUUCUUUCAAAGCGUAUAGUAGAGAAUUUCAUAUUUUUAAAGUCAUAGCUUUUUCUCAUAGUUUGAGAGAGAAACAUACAUUGUAUAUAAAAUUGAAUAUUCUACCCAUUGCCUGGGAGAGUUACGCCAGCUUUAUUUUCUAAAUCAUCUUUAGAUUUAGGGAUGUCUUUCAUUUUCACUUUUAGGACAAAGAUUUUUGAAAAUGAUAUUUUAAAAUAAAUCGUUAAAAUGAUUACAUGUAUAAAAAAUUAUGUAUAAUAAAUGGUGGAAAAUUGUGUCCUAAAACUUGAAAGAUUUCUGUAAAUUUAAGUAUGAUGGUGAAAUAUUUGUUUGUUGUUUGUUAUUUGUAAAUAAGAUUAUAGAAGAAGCCGGAGUAGUGCAUCACCCCAAGCCGUGCCAAUUUUUGUACAAAGACGCUUAGAUUUAUGUAAUAUUUUUUAUGUAGCUCCCAAAGAUAAUUAAACUAUUAACUAUUUAAGAGGAAGGAGAAAUAUUAAAAAAAAGCACUUUUAUUACUGGACCUGCUUAGCAAAACAUGCUUUGUGAAGUAUUUUUUUUUUUUUUUGUGAGUUGAAUUGAUAUACCAGGGUAUUAUGUAUAUUAGGAGCAGAUGAGUGAUGCAGGCCUAUUUGGCCUUUUGUAUUUGUUAGUAACUAUAUGUACAAUUGAAAAAAGAGAUUUGCAUUAACUUACCUUGUUAAGUUUAGGUCAAUGCAAUGACUAUGAGAAGAAACUAAGAUCAUUCGACAUGGCUCAUGGUACAGACUUUGAAAGCCCUUUUUAGAGCAGUGCUUGAAAAGUUCUGGAAUUUUUAUUUUUUCCAAAAAGUCCUAGAAAAGUGCUUUGAUGUUGAUAUUAAGUCCUUGAAUGUUAUUGAGAGUUCUCCUAUUGCUUGUAAAAGAAAUCAAAGAAAUUUUGAAUGUACAUUUUGUAUUUCAAUAAUCAAGAUUUUGUUUAAGGCAACAGGACCUACGUACUGGGCUAUUUAUUUCUAUCAACGCAGGUGACUCUAGUGUCUUAUUGGUCGUUAAUCUUUGUAGGUCGAUCUACAGAGCAUUCAGCAUUUCAGCCCCCAGCCCUAUUUCAAUUAUUGUAAAAUAUGUGCUUUAAAAGUGCUUGAAAAGUACAUUGAUGGAUUUGUAGGAAUCAUGCCUGAGGUCAAUAUAAUUUUUCUCAGGUUGAUAAAACUAGAAAUUGAGAAAAUAUAGAUUGGAUACUGUGUUAGUUGGUGAUUUUUCUAUCUGUAGUACGGAAGUAUUGUUCCAGACACAGACAUUUUGUUGUAAUGUGGCGUUUUGUUUGUUGAUAGCUAUUUUUUUAUUGGCUUCUAAAGAAUUUUUGCUAUUUGUUGACUAAAGCACAUAUGUGGACACUUUGAUUACUACUGGAUUGACUGUAGCUUAAUUAGGAGAGUAAUACAUAUGAACAGCAUUGCUGAGUACAUUAUACUGCUAUGUACAGCAUGUGGAUGCUGUGAAAGCAAGACGUAGAUUGUUGGGCCAAUCAAACAUUAAAAGUUAGGCACUGAAAUAUAAUUCUUUAGUAUAAGGAUAUUCAUAGUAUAAGGAUAUUCAUAGUAUAAGGAUAUUCACAUAUUAAGGAUAUUCACAGUAUAAGGAUAUUCACAGUAUAUGGAUAUUCACAUAUUGAGGGUAUUCAUUGAAUAAAGUAAAAGGAUAUUCACAGUAUACAGAUAUUCACAGUAUACAGAUAUUCACAGUAUACGGAUAUUCACAGUGUAAGGAUAUUCACAGUGUAAGGAUAUUCACAGUAUACGGAUAUUCACAGUGUAAGGAUAUUCACAGUAUACGGAUAUUCACAGUGUAAGGAUAUUCACAGUGUAAGGAUAUUCACAGUGUAAGGAUAUUCACAGUGUAAGGAUAUUCACAGUGUAAGGAUAUUCACAGUAUAUGAAUUGUAAGGAUAUUCACAGUAUAUGAAUUGUAAGGAAUAUACAAAGAAUAGGGAAGAGAGCAAGAAUUUCAAAAUGAGAUUAGGUUACCUCCUGGUAACUGUUAAUUGAAAUCUUGAAAAUAUGAUGUGCUAUAAAAGUAAUAAUAAUAUUUAAGUCUACAACAAAACAUAACCUCUGUAGUACGCGUGUCUAUUUUUACACUGCGAAAAGAAAACAAAUGUUUUCCUUCAGAUUUCGGGAGAUGAUCACUGUGAUGACGGAGGCAUAACAACUAAAUCUUCAUUUUUUUUUAAGAAAAAAUUUGCACAAAUAGGGAUUAUGUCAGGAUUGAACUGGAAUAGUCUAGAAUAUUUUAAAUGGAUUGAUUUCCAUAUCUGUUUUUUGUGAUUUCUUAUUCAACCAUUGUGAUAGAUAUUAUAUCUGGGUAUGGAUAUGAAAAUUCUCUGUUUGCGAUAAAUUAUAUCAGUGGCAAGAAUUUAAAAUGGAAAACAGGGUCGGACACUUUUUAUCAAAUUUACUCUUAAAUGUAUAAUGUAUGUGGAAACAAGUGUAUUUCCCAAUGUGAUGGAUGCCCUUGUAUCCUCUUCUAACCAGAAUUGACCAAGUUAGGGUUUAUCAUGUUUUAAAAAUGUGUGGAUUAGUAUUACGAUAGAGUUGUGUCCAAGUUCUAUAUCCUUGCUACUCUUAAAUUAGUAUUUUAGAUUGCUUAUGCAUGUACAUGAACAAUAUUUUUACUAGAGUAGACAGUGUCGCUUUUGAUUUGCAGAUUGAACAUUCUGUUGAAAAAAUACGAGAUAUUAAAAAUGCUACAAAUCUGUCUCUAUAUUUAAUUGACAGUUAUUCCUUAAAAUUUUAAAACAAAAUAACAGAAUAUUUCAAAAAUAUAGAAACAAUCUAGAUUUUACAAACAAAGCAGUCUGUUUCAGAUUAGAUCUUAAAAAAUAUUUUAGGUUAUUUUGCUAAUUUAAAAUGGAAAAAUGAAACUACAGAUGUUAUGAGAAACAAACAAAAAAUGAUCUGGUAUGAAAAGUAAAACAGUAAUCUUCCAUAAUUUAUGAUCACAUGGUCAAGAAAAAUCAUGAAUCUUUUGAGAAAUGGAAAUCGUUUUCGCGGCAUGAAGUUUACAGUGCUACGAAUCUUGGUUCUUGGAAGUGACAUUAUAUUUAGGCUACAUUGUAUAUGUCUCAAUAGUGAUGUCAAAAGUAGGAAGUGACAUCAUUUUGGUUCUAUGUCUCCAUGGUGAUGUCAUAAGUAAGAGAGGUGACAUCAUUUUGGUUCUACAUCUCCAUGGUUAUGUCAUAACUCGGAAGUGACAUUAUUUUGGCUGUAUGUAUCCAUGGUGAUGUCAUUAGUAGGAAGUGACAUCAUUUUGAUUCUACAUCUCCAUGGUGAUGUCAUAAGUAGGAAGUGGCAUUAUUUUGGAAUCUACAUCUCCAUUGUGAUGUCAUAACUCGGAAGUGACAUAAUUGUGGGUCUAAUGUCUCUAUAAUGAUGUCAUGACUAGUUGUCUUUACGCCUCGAUUGAUCACUCCAAACUCCCUUCACAAUUCUCCUUUAUGAUUUAUAACUUUUGUUCCAACAGUGAUCUGUCUCAUUAUAAACUUUGAAAGUUACAUCUACAAAUUGAUUUAUUGUUAAGAGCCAUUACACUUGACUGAUAUACAAGGUUUAUGGAAAAUCAUAAUAUAAAUUACAGGGUUGAUGUGUUUAUAGAAAGUCAUAAUAUAAAUACAGGGUUGAUGUGUUUAUGGAAGAUCCUAAUAUAAAUACAGGGUUGGUGUGUUUAUGGAAGAUCCUAAUAUAAAUACAGGGUUAAUGUGUUUAUGGAAGAUCCUAAUAUAAAUACAGGGUUAAUGUGUUUAUGGAAGAUCCUAAUAUAAAUACAGGGUUGGUGUGUUUAUGGAAGAUCCUAAUAUAAAUACAGGGUUGAUGUGUUUAUGGAAGAUCCUAAUAUAAAUACAGGGUUGAUGUGUUUAUGGAUUACCCUGGAACAUUAUAAAAUGCUUCAAGGGACCAGUAUUUAAAUAUUGUUCAUAUUGAAUGUAAUUUGUAGUAUGGAAACUGCUUUUGUAGUAUGAAAACCGCUUUUACCAACAUAAAACUGCUCCAUAAAGACUUAGUCAGAAUUGUAGAUGACAACAGUGUCCAUACAUGGUGAUAUGCUUUAAAGCUAAUUAUUGUAUUAAAUAUAUACAGUCAGUCUGUAUAUUAGCUCUUUGAUCAUUCAUCAAAAUAAUGUCAACUUCAUUAAGUAACCAUUGCAUUGAACAUUUUGUGAAUUAAAAUUUGAUAUUUCAUAUCUACUUUGUGUAGAUAUUAACUAUAUCCCACAUUGUAUAUUAAUGUGUACAUGCAAUGACUUGUCAAGAUUGAUAUAGAAAAUGUUUAAAUCAUCAUUGAAAUGUUCAUCCACUUCAAAGUAGUGAAAUAAACGACAGUUCCUGGACCAGGAAUAUGAUAUAUAAUGUCAAACUAAUUGUUAAAACAAUUCAUUAAUUUUAUCAUGCACAGGGACUAGGUACAAAUUUCCGACCUGUGGUCCUUAUAUAUAUAUAUAAUACAUACGUAACGUGGGUGGGGAAUUCGUGUCAUGUCCCUGUGAUAUUAUCAUGUGUACAUAUACAUAUGAAUCCAUACAUGCAAAUAUUCUCAAAACCAUAGAAUUUAUAUUGAAACAUUAUUGUUUCCCAGAAAUCACCGGAAAAAAAGGAACUUGAAAUAGUCAGUGAUGUGUUUGCUUUUCCUAUUAUGAUUGUUGUUUUGUAGAUUUUUUGUUGAUUUUUUUGUCGGCAGGUACGACCGUAAAUCAUGUUACUUGUUUUUGAUUACAAAUAUAUAUUCGGUAUUUUAUAAAAUUAUAUUUAGUUGUGGUCCUGUAUAGCCAUCACACAGCCUGUUUUGAUAUGCCCAUCUCUCUAUUAAAAAAUACCAUAGUACCAA